GGCCACAAUCUGAGGCCGUUUGAUUUCGAUUUGGCGCCAAUUAUUUAUUUAUCGAUAAUUUCGUAAUGUUUUCAUUGUUUAAUCAUACAGUAAUUAAAAAUUUUGAUGUUUCGGUUCUAUCUAAGAAAAUAUUCAAUUGUUGUCGAAAUUUCGCUACUGCCAAAAAGAUCACCGAAAUGGUGAAAGUGUUGAAUGUUGCCGAAAAAAAUGAUGUGGCGAAAAAUGUUGCAAAUAUUCUGAGCCGUGGUUCUUUACGUCGUCGUGAAGGCUAUUCAAAAUUCAAUAAAAUUUAUGAAUUUCAAAUACAGUUACCUGUAUUGAGAAAUCAACAAUGUCAGAUGAUAAUGACAUCAGUUUCAGGCCAUUUACUUAACUAUGAUUUUUUAGGUGAUUAUGGUAAAUGGAAUGGAUGUGAUCCACGAGUACUAUUUUCGGCACCAAUCACUACCACAUGUUCAGAACAAUGUAAAUUAAUCAAGCGUACUAUUGAACGUGAAGUUUGUGGCUGUCAAUUGUUAAUCAUAUGGACCGAUUGUGAUCGUGAAGGAGAAAAUAUUGGUUUUGAAAUCAUAAAAAUUUGUCAAGAAAUAAAUCCUGGUAUUCGUGUAUUGAGAGCACAUUUUUCCGAAAUUACUGGUGCUGCUAUAUAUAGAGCCAUAAAUUCACUGACCGAUCCGGAUAAGAAAAUUUCAGAUGCUGUAGAUAUUCGACAACAAUUAGAUUUACGUAUCGGUGCUGCAUUUACACGGUUUUUAACCCUAGGAUUACAACGAAGUGUACCUCAUCUUGAAAAAUGUAUAAUCAGUUAUGGUAGUUGUCAGUUUCCUACACUAGGUUUUGUUGUUGAACGUUGGAAGGAACGUGAAGAAUUUCAGCCACAACCAUUCUGGUUUAUUGAAGUGAAUGUAAAACGUGAUAAUAUGAAUUGUACAUUUACCUGGAACAAACGACGUUUAUUUGAUCAGCGAGCAUGUGUAGCCAUAAUGGCAAAAAUAAUGGAAAAUCCUUUGGCAAAAGUGUUAAAAGUAAAUAAUCGUCGUACAUCUAAAUAUCGCCCACAUCCAAUGGAUACAGUUACAUUCGAACGUUUGGCAUCAUCUAAACUAAAAAUAAAUGCUAAACGUGCAAUGAUUGCUGCCGAACGUCUUUAUAAUUUAGGUUUUAUUAGUUAUCCACGUACAGAAACGAAUAAAUUUCCACCUGAAAUCAAAUUGAAUGAUCUAAUUCAGGCACAAUGUGAUAAUCAACAAUGGGGACAAUAUGCAAAUCGUAUUUUGGAACGAGGCGGUGCCAAUCCUAGAAAUGGAAACAAAUCGGAUCAAGCUCACCCACCCAUUCAUCCGACAAAGCCGGCAACCAAUCUGACCGAUGGUGAACAACGUAAAGUAUAUGAAUUAAUAACUAGACAUUUUUUGGCCUGUUGUUGGGCUGAUGCUAUUGGUGCAGAAGAAACGGUCGAUAUUGAAAUCAAUGAUGAAACAUUUCAUGCAAAAGGAUUGCGUAUAAUUGAAAAAAAUUAUCUAGAAGUAUAUAAAUAUGAUUUUUGGGGUGAAAAACAGUUACCACAAUUUGUACAAGAUGAAUGUUUUCAUCCAAAUUCUAUCCUAAUGAAAGAUGGCCGUACUACAGCCCCGGAGCUAUUAACCGAAUCUGAUUUGAUUGCAUUGAUGGAAAAAUUCGGUAUCGGUACGGAUGCAACUCAUGCUGAACAUAUUGAAAAAAUUAAAGAUCGUAAAUAUAUUAGCCAAAUGGAUGAUCGACGAUUAAAACCAGAAGGUUUAGGUAUUGGACUUUAUGAAGCAUAUAUGGAAAUUGAAGAACAAAUGACACAACCAUUUUUACGUGCACAAUUAGAAAUUGAAUUACAACAAAUUUGUAAUGGAGAAAAAAAUCCACAAGAAAUAUUACGUAAUCAAUUAAUAUUAUAUGAAAAAGUAUAUCAUGAAUCAUUUCAAAAUCGUAAUCGAUUAUUUCAGAAAAUUAUUGAAUUCAUUUGAAUUAAAUAAUCAUCAUCAUGACCAUUACGUAUGACAAAUUUGGCAGUAAAUGACAAUACUUUUUUUUUGUUGUUUGUUUGUUUGAUACAUCUGAUUCUUCAAAAACCAUCCAUUCCAGAUAGUAGUAUUCCAUCAUUUAAAAUGUCAUUAGUAACAUAUGUAUUGUCGAUGUCUACAAUGUGUGUGUGUGUGGAUACG